AUGUCUGCAUCAUUCCCACCUCACCGAGAGCCUCUCAGCGAGAGAUCCCAGUCACAAACCAACUCCCUCGCCAUUCGCAUCGUUCCCUACAGUCCUCCUCGGCCUAGCGACUCACCGAGUGCUGCCUCACCCUCCGCCGCUCAGCACGACAAGUACGAUGCACGCGCAGACGACGACUUUGCACAUGAACACUUUACUCCCUCCGAUGUUUACGGGUCGGCGCCUGUGGUACCUUCGCCAGGAUCAGGCUCGCCCAUGUCGCCGCGUCCAUUGGCAGCUGUCAGAGGGCGUCCUGUCGUUUCAAACCCGAAAGUGCGGUCCGGAUCAAGGCCAUGUCAUCCAAGCACUCAUGUCACCCCUGUCUCUGAGGCCCCAAGCGUUUCGUCCCGCAACCCCACUGCCACCUCCGACAUCUCCGACGUCUAUGCGUUGUCGGGCCUCGACCGAGAACAGGGGCUUGCGACAGCCCCAAGACGUCCCCUGUCCCGACGUCGCAAUCUUGUCAAUAUUCAUCCCAACAGCAAGACUUUCAGCCUCCAGCCCCAGACCCAGCCUGCCUUCCAGGACGCUUUCAGACCCUCGUCUUUCUCUUUGUCCACCGCGAGUUCCUUUGAACGACUCUCCUCCUCCGAUUGGCCUAGCGAGGGUCGUCCGAGUUCCCCUUUGACGACUCUGCCGGAGCGUAGCGCAUCCCCGUCCACGCCAGCGUCGUGUUCCGUUGAAUGGACCGCAGAUCAAAACCCGUCGCCCUGCAACUAUCGGCUAGUCGGUGGGCUCCGCAAAGUCCCCGAGACUCCCGGCUCGAAGCCGGGCUUCUCUACUGACCUGCCGCAGGCUUCGUCGUCGCCUUCUUCCCAUUCGCAUCUCCCUGCCUUGCUGGAAACCGAAGCCGUCGAUAGGUCCCCCUACCCCUCGCUGACAAACAAGGGGUCUUUCCUCUCCUCGCAUUCCGUUUCAACGAGGUCUGAGACGACGAACUACAAAGUCUACGCUGCCUCCUCACCUGUUGCUGUUGACACAGCAGUCGAAGGCGACAGCUUGCCACCUCCGUCCUCCAGCGAUUCCAAUUACCCAAUCCUGGGCCGAUCCUCGCCGCCUGUGCCCUCUACGCCAGACUUCUCCCAACCCGAUACCGCCGCAAGCGACGCGAAUUACGUGCUCCACGGAGACCCAUCACCCUCGUCGCCGUCCUUGGUCGUAGCCGCGCGCCGUCUUCGUCCUGAAUUCUCGCAAGAAAGCCUAGUCGUACCGCCACUGCGGCCCGCCAAGAAGAAACCGUCGUCGGAAACAUUGGCGUCGUCCAAGUCCCGCUCAAGCAGACUCUUUCACAAAGGGUCUCUGACGUCAAUCUCCAGUGUUUUUGGUGGUCAGGAAGCCAUUCGCUCUGUUCUUCUGGGCCCCAUGGCCUGGCUAUACCAGCCCGAGGUUCCGUCCGUCGCCUCUACCCAACCGCAGCACCCUCGGCCUUCGGCUUCCUCCUCCGCUCCUCCGUCCCAGCCGGCCCCAUUCCAUAUGGUAUCCCAUCCCCGCCAGUGGAGCUCGCAGCUGUCCACUGUUGCUUCAGAAGGCGAAGGGCCAAGCGACCUCACGUCUCGUUCCUCCUCACUUCUAUCCGCUCCAGACCGCCGCAGCAGCGGAUUCUCACCAAGCCAUGCGCGAGAGAUUCCCAGGGUCUCCUCCCGAUUUCCUCUCGACGCCAACCAGCACGCAAGAUCGAAACAACCGGACGUCCUAGUCGAGGAGCCGAUGCCGACUUACAACCGUGCUGGUAUGACUUUGCUGGUGAAAGACCAAGACGAACAUGGCGAUGGCUUAGCAGACUUGCAUCAACUUCACAAUCGGCCAUCGCGUCGGAGACUGUCGAGCUUCUUGUCCAAUACGUCCUCGGAUCGCCAUCUCCACUCAUCUGGAAGUUCCAGGACGAACAGCUUCAAUACUUCGUCUCUCCCAGCCUGGGCGAGAUUGUAUUACGGUAACGGCGAGCCGCGCCGUUGGCUUCGGCAAGCAACGUCCCUUGAAUCAAUGGCCGGCUACUACGACAACAGCCGCCCCCCGAGCUCUUUCCGCAGCGCCUCCCCGAGCAUGGAGAAUGCGUCUUUGCACAUCCACACUCGGAGGCAAACGCCAACACCCCAAGAGGCUCCCUGCCCGCCGGCGGCGCCGCCGCGGACGCUGGUAACAGAGCCCGAGGAGAUCGUCCAGAUACCAGUAGGAAGCCCCCAAGUGCAACCGGCCCUUUCAAAACAGACCUCCAGCAUCUGGUCACCGCACCUGGCCCGUGACCAGCGGGCCUCUCGGUACAGCAUCUGGGAGCCGCCCUCUGUCUAUUGGUCGGGUGAGGGCGGGUUCUUGGGAAGGCGGAAUAUUCAACUUGUUUUAUUCGUGGUGGGCUUCAUCUUUCCUUUCGCUUGGAUGAUAGCGUCAUGCCUUCCCCUGCCUCACAAACCGCAGCCGGGCCAGUCGAAUGUCCCCGGGGAACUGGCACAAAUUUAUCACGAGCCGUCUUAUGGCGAAUUGGAGUAUCGUAGCAGUCGGUGGUGGAGGAAUUUGAACCGAUGCAUGUCCAUACUGGGACUACUCAUUAUUGGCGCAAUUAUCGCUCUUGCCGUUGUCGGCGUCACUCGGGGUUGGGGAAGGAACUCAAGCUGA